AAGGCUCCCUUCAGUUUGAGGACAAAUGGGACCAGAUGCGUCCCAUCGUACUGAAGCUCCUACGACAGGAGUCUGUCACCAAACAACAGUGGUUUGACUUGUUCUCAGAUGUCCAUGCUGUGUGUCUGUGGGAUGACAAAGGUCCAGCUAAGAUCCACCAGGCCCUCAAAGAGGACAUCCUAGAUUUCAUCAAACAAGCACAAGCGCGGGUGUUGAGUCAUCAGGACGACACAGCGUUACUCAAGGCCUACAUAGUGGAAUGGAGGAAGUUCUUCACACAGUGCGACAUCUUGCCCAAACCGUUCUGCCAGCUGGAGAUCACUCUGAUGGGGAAGCAAGGGAGCAACAAGAAGUCUAACGUGGAGGACAGCAUCGUCCGCAAGCUGAUGCUGGACACGUGGAACGAGUCAAUUUUCUCCAACAUUAAAAACAGGCUACAAGACAGUGCUAUGAAACUCGUCCACGCUGAGAGACUAGGAGAGGCCUUUGACUCCCAGCUGGUCAUCGGAGUGCGGGAGUCCUACGUGAAUCUUUGCUCCAACCCUGAUGACAAGCUGCAGAUCUACAGAGACAACUUUGAGAAGGCGUACAUGGAUUCUACCGAGCGUUUCUACAGAACACAGGCCCCCGCUUACCUCCAGCAAAAUGGCGUCCAAAACUACAUGAAAUAUGCUGAUUCAAAGCUGAGGGAAGAGGAGAAACGUGCACUGCGAUACCUGGAGACGAGACGUGACUGUAACUCUGUACAAGCAUUAAUGGAAUGUUGUGUCAACGCGCUAGUAACGUCGUUCAAGGAGACCAUCUUAGCCGAGUGUCCAGGCAUGAUCAAACGAAAUGAAACAGAGAGUGAGUACGGCAGGACUGCUCCCACCAAAGGCUCAGCCAGCUCAGAGUUACAUCUGAUGUUCUCUCUGAUGGACAAAGUGCCCAACGGGAUCGAACCCAUGCUGAAGGACCUGGAGGAGCACAUCAUGAGCGCUGGCCUGGCGGAUAUGGUGGCCUCAGCAGAGACAAUCACCUCUGACUCAGAGAAAUACGUGGAGCAGCUGCUCACCUUGUUCAAUCGUUUCAGUCGACUAGUGAAAGAAGCUUUUCAGGACGACCCACGCUUCCUCACAGCCAGAGACAAAGCAUACAAAGCUGUUGUGAACGACGCCACUAUAUUUAAGUUAGAACUUCCUUUGAAACAGAAAGGGGUAGGUCUGAAAACUCAACCAGAGUCAAAAUGUCCAGAGCUGCUGGCCAACUACUGUGACAUGCUCCUGAGGAAGACCCCGCUGAGCAAGAAGCUCACGUCUGAAGAGAUAGAAGCCAAGCUCAAGGAAGUGCUGUUGGUGUUGAAGUACGUCCAGAACAAAGAUGUGUUCAUGCGCUACCACAAAGCCCACCUGACCCGACGUCUCAUCCUGGACAUCUCAGCGGACAGCGAGAUAGAGGAGAACAUGGUGGAGUGGCUCAGGGAAGUAGGAAUGCCUGCUGACUAUGUCAACAAGCUCGCCAGAAUGUUUCAAGACAUCAAGGUGUCGGAAGACCUCAACCAAUCGUUCAAAGAAAUGCACAAACAUAAUAAACUGGCUUUACCAGCGGACUCUGUCAACAUAAAGAUCCUAAAUGCUGGAGCCUGGUCGAGGAGCAGCGAGAAGGUUUUUGUGUCUCUUCCUACAGAGCUGGAGGAUUUGAUACCAGAGGUAGAAGAUUUCUAUAAGAAGAACCACAGUGGGAGGAAGCUGCACUGGCAUCACCUCAUGUCCAACGGCAUCAUAACAUUUAAGAACGAGGUGGGUCAGUAUGAUCUGGAGGUGACCACCUUUCAGCUGGCCGUGCUGUUUGCCUGGAACCAGAGGCCCAGGGAGAGGAUCAGCUUUGAAAACCUGAAGUUAGCCACUGAGCUGCCGGACGCAGAGCUGCGACGCACUCUCUGGUCUCUGGUGGCGUUUCCCAAACUGAAGCGCCAGGUGUUGUCGUACGACCCAGUGGUGUCAUCACCCAAAGACUUCGCAGAAGGAACAUUAUUCUACGUCAACCAGGAGUUUUCUCUCAUAAAAAACUCAAAGGUUCAGAAAAGGGGGAAGAUUAACCUGAUUGGUCGGCUGCAGCUCACCACCGAGCGAAUGAGGGAGGAGGAGAACGAGGGCAUCGUCCAGCUCAGGAUACUAAGAACACAGGAGGCCAUAAUCCAGAUCAUGAAGAUGAGGAAGCGCAUCAACAACGCCCAGCUGCAGACGGAGCUGGUGGAGAUCCUAAAGAACAUGUUUUUACCACAGAAGAAGAUGAUCAAGGAGCAGAUCGAGUGGCUGAUCGAUCACAAGUACAUAAAGAGGGAUGAGACCGAUAUAAACACCUUCAUCUACAUGGCCUAGCACAACACAUCGGGAUGACUCGUGUUGACUGUGGUUUCAGUGGAUCAGGCCUGAUGGACACUAGAGAACUUCCAGGCUUCCCGUCCUCUAUUUAGAAUAAAAAAUCAAAUCAAAUCAAAAACUUGUGCAGGGAGGCAUGAAUUUAACUCUGAGACCUAUUUAAAAAAAGUGGAACUUCCUGCCUUAAAGUUGUACAAAGAAAAAAAAGAAGAAUGCAAAUGUUGCAUUGGGAGUCUGCACCAAGUGUUUUUAGAUGGAGGGAGUUACCUUUGCUGUCCCAAUGAGGCUGCUCAAUGUUAAUGGUGAGUUUUUGAUGCCAUGGUUGUGUCACUGGGCGGCCGCUACACUCCUGCUCCAUGCUUGUGCAAGUCUAGAGGCAUGCUGACAGGAAAGGAACUUUGGAUCUCAAAAUAUCUGCAGUCCAGUUUUAAUCCUCGUCAAACCUGCACCGUCUUAACCGAGAGAGAACACAACAGGGCGCUCUGCAGUCAAAGGCGACGAGUCGGUGCGUCGCUGAGGCCCUGGCGCUGUCGUGACUCCCUGGGGUCAGAGUUCAACCGGUCAUGCACUUAAUCCAGACAUUCAGUGUGUACAAAUAGCCAGAUAAGCACUUCACAGUUUGCAGGACUGAAGCCGACAGCGAUGUAGACUCCGACUCUUAACCACGUCCAGCCUCUGUCCCUGGGUAAAAAAAAAUAAAAUAAAAAAAUGGACAAGGUGGAAAGGAAAUGAGCAUAUUGCUAUAAUCCAGAGUCUGUUUCCGUCUGUCAAACGUACCCAGAGGCAGAGGUGGUGUUGGAGUUCAAACGGGAGCUCAUGUGUGUUGAAAGCUCUCCUUUCUGCAGGAAGCCUGGGAGAAGAGGCUGAGGUCAGUAUUACACAUGCUAAAUACUACAAUUCAAACUUUAUAGGAGAGUAUCAUGAGAUGUGAAAAAUGAAAUGGUUGAAUAAACAGCACCUUAUUAUAAAA